GAUUGGCUUCUUGCACAACUCAAAGAACAUAUUUCUUUUCUCUAAUCAUUGCCGUACUAUAUAUUUUUUUGGUAAAUUAAUUCGUAAACCAUUUAUAUGUGAAGAACUAGCCCCACGUGCGCUCCAUCAGAUAUGUCACAUCCCCACCAAUCACAAUCUCCCUUAUAGUGGGACCCUCAAAUAUGCUGCGCUCCCUCUACAUUCCCCAUUCGUUUAUAUGACACGCGCUUCCUGGACGCGUGGGCUAGGUACUGGUCCUAUUAAUUGCAGUCCCAAAAAGCCCUUCCAAAAUCCAAAGAGGAAGAGAAGGGCAAAGCGCACUCGUGACUCGUGUGACUCGUCACCGUUUCACUUCCUUUUUUUUUUGGCUCACGCCGGCGACGGAAAAUUUUAACCCCCCACUCGACUUCUUCCGCUCCAUUUCCCUUCUUUUUGAUUCGAUUUGAUCCUCUUUUGCCUUUUCGAUUCUAAUUUCCCAUGAUAUCUAUCGGUUUUAUUUUUAUUUUUAUUUUGGGGUGAGAAUUCGAUGCACCGCUUUUGUAAUUCUGUAGGCUGUUGCGGUUUCUGAGAGGUUCAGAUUGAUGACCUUUUUCUGUGGCCUCCAUAUAAGCAAGGAAAACAGUUCUUGCAGCUGGUUUUAAGUUGGUAAAAAAUGGAGGCACGCCCUGCUUUGUCAAUUCCGAGGUCAGGGGCAAAGCAGCUCACUGACAUGGGAGUGUCUUCAGCACUUUCUUCAUCUGUACCAGUUCUUCCAGUCCCUUUGGAAGAGAUGUAUCCCAAGUUGCCAGACUCCCAACAAGUUUCCAUGGAAAGAGGACUUAUGACAAGGCCUCGCACCAAUUCAAGCCCCUUACCUUCCAACAGUGGUGCAGUUGGUCACAUAUUUUCAUCAUCAUCGGGAUUUUCAUCAGAUCUUCACUACUCAUCUGAUUCACCACAUGAAAAGCAGUCAAGAAACACUCCUUUUCUACCUCAGUCAGCUAGUGGGUCAAGUUUACCAUUACCACAUUCUUCUCAUUCAGGAAUGCUCCAAUCUACAGCAUCAAGUCAUUAUGCCAAAGAAAACAGUGCAUCCUGGUGUACAGAUUCAAUUACGGAUUUCCUUGAUUUUCCUGUAAAUAACCCUGUAGAGAAUAGUCAAGCAGAAAGCAGUAAUUGUUGUAGCAUCAUGGCAUCUGAAGAACUUACCAAGAGAAAUGAUUGGCAGGAAUGGGCUGAUCAGCUUAUCACUGAUGAUGAUGCUUUGGAUUCUAAUUGGAGUGAGCUUCUUGUAGACAACACUCUUCCAGAUGUGGAACCAAAGAUGGCAUACCAGGUUCCCAAACCAACGACAAAUUUUCAAGCUCAUCAAUCCCAAGUUCAUCAGCAGCAUCUUGCUCCACCUGGUGAAAUUCGCACAGUAGCUACGUCCUCUUCUUCAGCUAAUAAUGCCUCAGCCAAGCCACGCAUGCGCUGGACACCAGAACUUCAUGAAGCCUUUGUGGAAGCUGUUAACCAUCUUGGUGGUAGUGAAAGAGCAACUCCUAAGGGUGUGCUGAAGCUCAUGAAAGUUGAAGGCUUGACUAUCUAUCAUGUCAAAAGCCAUUUGCAGAAAUAUAGGACUGCUAGAUACAGACCAGAUUCAUCAGAAGGGUCAUCGGAGAAGAAAUUAAAUUCCAUUGAAGAAAUGUCAUCUCUUGACUUGAAAACCAGGGGUAUUGAGAUUACGGAAGCUCUGCGACUGCAGAUGGAAGUCCAGAAGAGGUUACAUGAACAGCUUGAGAUACAAAGAAAUCUACAGCUGCGAAUUGAAGAACAAGGGAGGUAUCUGCAGAUGAUGUUUGAGAAGCAGUGCAAGUCAGGUAUUGACAAGCUCAAGGCGUCAUCCUCCGGUUUGGAUAACCCCACCACGAUAUUGGUUCAAGAUUCACCUGAAAAAGGUGAAAUGGAUGCCUCCAAGGCAGACCAAGGCAAAACCGGAGUUGACCUGGUUAAUACUAAACCUACAGCGGAAGAAGAUUCACAGAAGUCGAAUAGGCAGCAGCAAGAGGCACCUGAUGACAAAGCUCCUGAGAAACCUGAGCCAGAUAUUCAGGAGUCCAGUUCCCAUCCCACAAAGCGUCCAAGGACGGAUGAAUAAGCUAUCCGUAUCACCUCCCAAUUUAGCAUAGAAAUGACAAGACAUUACUGAUUUUUGGAAGAUAUGCAGGCUUUGCUGCCAAUGCGGCCAACCUUAGGGGAGAAAGAAAAAGUUUGGUGUUUUAUUUUGUCCUUUUUCCCUUUUUGAUCGGAUGAGAAUUCCAACUCCGUUAUAUGAGAAAAAUAGUAACUUUGUAACUUUUUAAUGAGUAUUUAUAUAUGAAUAAGAUAAAUUAGUUUAAGA